GAUCUCAUUAACUGGUGUUCAUUUCCUGUGCGGAUGGUUUCAGGCUCGGCUCCAGAGGUUUCGUUGAUAGGCCUGCCAGGCACCGCUAGACUGGCAGAGAACAGCAAGGCUGGCACUGUGACCUACAGCUUCCAGGUGGCUCUGUCCCCAGGUGCCAGCUUGGCAUCAGGAUACCCCAGGAUACUCAACUCUGACCCCCUCACCAACACAUUCACWGUGUCCAUGAUCAACACUAACAAAGCACAGGUAACAGUAACAGGUACUACCAACCUGGAUUUUGARACGUCACCCAACAGCUUUGUCCUUCAAAUCCUCGCUGUGGACAGUACGAAGGACAUGGCUCUUCAGAGACUCACAGUGAUCCUAACUGAUGUCAACGAACCCCCUGUAUUCCUAGAUGAAGAGUCUGUCCUGUAUGUUCUGGAGAAAUCCCCACCAGGACAGAUCUACAGGCCAACAGUCUCUGAUCCUGAGAACCAGCCUGUGACUGUAUGGCUUCCUCAACCUCUCUCUCUCUCUCUCUUUACACUGACCCCGUCAAACACAGAGUUUCGUAUUGACGUUGGCUCAGGCUUCCUGACUACAACUAAACAGUUCAACUACCUGACUGACCCCAGAAGCUAUGCCUUCAAGCUGACAGUGAGUGAUGGGAACAACAGCGUAUCCAGAACACUGGUCAUCAACAUCGUCAACAGGAACGAUGAUAAACCUCAGUUCCUGAAUUAUGUCCUAAGCAGUACAAUCACAGACUUCACAGUCUCUGAGGAGCUGAGUCCAGGGUUUAUCGUGACCAACAUCACAGCAGUGGUACCCGAUGACUCCUUCUACAUCAUCUACAGCAUCGGCACCAACAACUACCUGGCUAUACACAGAUGUGAGUACAAUGCCCAGUCAUACUAUACAUACUUACCGUACUUCCACAAAAUAUCGAUAAUUGACCAUAACUUUUUUGUAAAUGCUCACUGUGCGCCCCUGUGUUUUGGCUUGUCCCAUGUCUCAGACACUGGCCUGGUGACUAUAGCCAAAAGGAUGGACCGUGACUCAGCUCCUCUCAGGGAGGACCCCGUCAUAACGGUCACCGUGACAGCCACCUCCAGCCCCUCUGGUCCUCCCUCCAACACCAUCACUCUGACCAACACCAUCACUCUGACCAUCACCGUCACUGACAUUAACGACAACCCUCCCAUCUGCUCCCCAGACGCACAGAGGUCAUAUUUCUAUACUGUUGUUUAUCUUUAUUUCCAGUAUUGUAUCCAACAGAUAGAGACAGUUAGGAAAGGAGUGUUUCAGGAGAGAUGUGGCUUGGAUUUGAACCCAUGCGGACACUAGUAUGUGCACGAAGGCAGCAGCCAUUAUUGCUAUGUAUCCAUUGCAUCGUUUCCUUUGACUGGAUCCAGGGUGGCAGUAUCUGAGACGGAAAAGCCUGGGGCCCUGAUCACCACGGUAACGUGUACAGAUAAUGACGUUGAGACGGCCUUCAGAGAGUUCCUGUUCACUGGCCUGUCCUGUCUGGGCUGCGCUAACCGCUUUGCUCUGGAACCMACGGGAUCCAAUCAGAUCGUACUCAAAGGRAACCUAGACCUUGAGGAUCCCAGUAACCUGCUUGAUGGUAAUGAAUACAGCCUGUUGGCUGUGGCUCAGGAUAAGGAUGAGCCCAACCUAAAAGGUAGUGCAUACAUCUAUGUGACGGUGACACCUGUGAAUGAGUUUCCCCCUGUGUUUAGCUCUCCAUCGUAUUUCUACAGAAUCUCUGAGCUUCUUGGACGUGGGACGGUGAUAGGAUCAGUCAAAGCUACGGACAGAGACCUCCCUGCCACCGGCGUCCGUUACUCCCUGAUCUCUGGUGGAGGAACUGGUGGUCUGUCUAACAUCUUCUCCCUGGACCCCAAGUUGGGGAGUCUCGCCCUACUGACCCGGCCAGACUACGAGACCACCCAGACCUACAGCCUGGUCAUCAGAGCUCAGGACGGGGACCCCAUCAGUCCGCUCAUUGCCACCACUACGGUCACUAUCAACAUCACAGAGGCCAAUGACGAGCCUCCACUGUGUGGCCCCAACCAGACACAUCUAAUAGUCCCCARGGACCUGAGGACGGGCUCCAACAUCCAGGGCUUCAUCGUGACCUGCUCAGACAGGGACUCCCCUCCAGCAUCCUUCAUCUACUCUAUCUCAGGUACUGCCGGCCUCUGGGCCAGCAACCCGAACAAUCAUUUUGUGUUCUCACCUUCCUCUGGCACCAAUGUCACCAGACUCUUCCUGAAGGAACCCUUUGACUAUGAGAGUGGCCUGGACCGGGUCUGGCACUACAGCCUGACUGUGCUGGUUUCUGAUGGGAACCUGCGGUCUGCAGGGUYUGAGCCAAGAGGUCUGACCCAGACUGGCACAGUCGUCAUCAAUAUCCUAGUAGUGGACCCUGACCUCACCACCGUCACCACUACAACUAUACCUCGUGUAACAUACAUCACCAUCACCGAGAACACCUACAGCAUUGACGACUGGUAUAUAUGGUUUGUCAUUGCUCUGGGGACCAUGCUACUGCUGGGUUUACUGUCAUACCUGCUGUAUCACCUCUGUGGGAAGCUCUACAAGGCUCUUAAACACAGUGACUGCUCCUGCUGCAAACCCAGGCCCCGGGAAGACAAGGAAAUCCCAGAACCAACACCUCCAAAGAGGGAAAUAUUAAUGGAAGUGAUCAAGAUCAACACUGUAUUUGAUGGAGAGGAAGUUGAUCCUGUGACAGGGAGGGUGUACGAGUACAACAGUAAGUCUGGAGCCAGACGCUGGAAGGACGGUACCACUGUGUCUGAGUUUGUCCCUAUGAUACAGCCAGAGAGCAGCAGCAYGGUCAUUCCUCAUGGUCAUUCUGCCCAAUCACAGGCUAGGAGUGGGAGGGCUAGCACUGGCCAAUCAAAAAUGAGGAGUGAGGGAGUAGGCAGGGCCACAGAGGAUAGAAGAUCUCCCUGGUCCAGUCAGAGCAGACAAACGUCUGGGCAGUCUGCAAGGUCUGCUCGGUUYGCUCUUUCAGAAGGAGGCGUAAAGUUAGAUAUGGUACCCAUGACAACUAGGGGAAGGCUCAACAUGUCUGAAGCCUGAUUCCUCACUGACAUAUAAUACAUUACUUGUGUGUUUAGAAAUCUUUCAAAUCAUUAUUAUAGUCAAGCAUAGGAUUUUUGUUUGGGGAAAAAUGUUUAGCCUUUACAACAGUUAUGUAAUUGUUUGUGCAAAUAAUGUACGUGCAGAGAUACUCAAAUACGUUGUACAUUAGUACAAGCUGGGUCGGGUCAUAAUAUGACUUGGUUACAGCUUUGUAAAUCAAGAUAACAGACAAAUAAAUAUACCCUGUCAACGCUUAUCUAGAUUAAAACUGCUCUGGCGUUGCUAUGUUACACAGACCGUUGAGGCACAGACCGUUGAGGCCCAGACUGUUGAGGCACAGACUGUUGAGGCACAGACCGUUGAGGCACAGACCG